GAGGGCCAGGAAGCUCGGGCUGAGUGUUUACGGAAGCUGCCGAAGCCGGAGUCGCUGACGGAUCCAAGAGAGCGGUCUGCCAGCCCUGUCCAGCCCAGCCUAGCCCCGAGCCCCCAGCUCGUGUGCGGCUUGUGAUGAGAGCCCUCCUAUUUAUUCGUGGGCACUGGAAAGGGAGACGAUUUUAGUACGAGCCAGAACUCAAGAAGUAGAGAAACGAGAGGGGAACCCUUUUGAAAAGCCGCCUGCCCUCCAUCACCCAGCAAACACUGCCUCCUCCUAGGCUUGUGCCGACAGUGGAUGAUUGCCCAUCCCUGGCCCUGGCACCAGGGCCAUGGCCUCCAUCAAUGAGAUGCCCGAGAACGUCCUCCUGGAGCUGUUCUCCCUCGUGCCAGCUCGGGAGCUGCUGAGGCACUGCCGGCCAGUCUGCAGCCUGUGGAGGGACCUCAUCGACCUGGUGUCCCUGUGGAAACGCAAGUGCCAGAGAGAGGGCUUCAUCUCCCAGGACUGGGACCAACCAGUAACUGACUGGAAGGUUUUCUACUUCCUCUGCAGCCUCCAGAGGAACCUGAUCCGAAACCCCUGUGCCCAAGAGGGCUUGGAAUUUUGGACAAUUGACCAGAACGGAGGAGAUAACUGGAAAGUGGAAGACACGCCUGGAGCCCAUGGCAAAGAGUUUCCAGACCCCAAAGUCAAGAAAUACUUUGUCACCUCCUAUUACACCUGCCUCAAGUCUCAGAUGGUGGACCUGAAAGCUGCGGGGUACUGGAAAGAGCUGAUGGACACCGUGAGGCCGGACAUCGUGAUCAAGGACUGGUUUGCUGCCAGAUAUGAUUGCGGCUGCCGCUACCAGAUCUGUGUGCAGUUACUGUCAGCAGACUACCUUGUCCUGGAUUCAUUUGAGCCCCCACCGGUGGAGAUCAAACAAUGGAGUGAUUGCGAGUGGAGAGAGGUCUCCCACACAUUCUCCAACUACCCCCCAGGAGUUCGUCACAUCCGCUUCCAGCAUGGUGGCAAUGACACUCAGUUCUGGGCUGGGUGGUAUGGCUCCCGAGUCACCAACAGCAGCAUCACUAUUGGCCCUGAGGUUACCAAGAAACCCAGUCCUACAGAAGACACAGCCAGAUGCGGCAACUAGAUCUGGACCCAGAUGGAAGGAAUGGUGACAGCGUCUUCCUACUUUUCACAGCUUUGAGUUUUCAAUAAACACUUUCCAUAUAGACA